CAGUGAGAAGGGGCGGGGGGCAGUGAAACGACUGGAACGGCCGCGUCGUAUUGCAUAGUCGCGUCUCGGGUGGUGUUCCGACGGCCGAUCGUAGCGGUGGCGAUGUAGUUGCCCUAGUACUGAAGCUGUAGAGAGCGUCUGUAUAUAUUUGGCGGACGCGCGUCGUAGCUUUCAAAAGCCUGUAACUGCACAUUUUAACGCGCUCAAACCUGCCGCCGGCGUCGGCCCCGUCGGUCGUGAGCGAGAAAAGGAGGCACUUGCCAACCUAAAAGAACGCGGCCCUCAAAAGUGCGCCGGUCACACGCAGGCUCGCUGUGCCCAAUCAUCUCCUCCGCCAGGUGAUCUUAAGAGACGACAUCGAGCACAAUGCUUGCGUUCAACUUCAAAAAGUUCCUGCAAAGCGGCCAGUACUCGGACGUGGAGUUCUCCAUAAAACCAGAAAUGUUUCCCAUCUCAAAGAUGUUCAAAGCCCACCGGCAGCUGCUGGCACUGCGGAACGAGGUGUUCGCCGCCAUGUUUUACGGUCCGCUCCCAGAGAAGGAUGUCGUGGUCAUCACAGACCUUCACCCCGAUGGCUUUUACGGCCUUCUAAAGUACCUGUACACUGGAAAGCCCAAGAUUAAAAGCACGGAAGAAGCCAUGUAUACAAGAACUGCGGCGGACAAGUACCUCGAACCGUACCUGGCUCUCACCUGCUCAGAGUACAUCAGUGCCCACGUGACAGCUGAGCAGGUGUGUCAUGUGAUCGACUACACCCUGCUCACUGGUGGUGAGUACGUCGACAAUGCUGUGGGUCGACUUCUGGAAGACCGCCCCGAGGCAAUCUUGGCGUCCGAUGCUUUCACCGACUGCUUGCAGGAGACUGUACACUUCGUUCUGGAAAAGGUGACAAACGUGCCGGAGAUGUACGUGGUCCUCGCGGUCCACAGAUGGGCGCAAGCAUUCUGCCAGAAAAUCGCCACCACAGGCAACAAGCCUGUUGACAUCAAGACCGCCAUUGCCCCUUUCCUGGCCAAGCUCCGAUUCCUGGCGCUGACACCAGAAGAAUUUGUUACCUUUAAUACUUCUGAUGACACGCGUGACGUGCUAUGCAAGGAUGAUGCGUUUGCAAUCAUGAGUGUUAUUUUGUGCAACAAGUCGAUUGAGCUGCCAUCAUGGGCUUGCAAGGAAAGAAAGCCGCGUUGUUCAGACACCAAAAUGAGUGGCUGCUAGCUACUUUUCAUAUUUGUUGGGCUGAAAAAUAGCAAAAUGUCACUAGGGCCUGUCACAGCCAGCAGUAAUUGUGUAGGUCAUAUCAUACACGGUGGGCUUAUAUAUUCUCUCACAUGCUUUUUUUUUGUUAUUCGUUACUGUGAAAGGUAGCAAUUUUUUCUAAGUUAAGUUACCUGUGAAAAACUUGGAAGUGCUCAUAUUUCUUAUUCUCAGUAUCUCUUCAGAUACGACCUAUUCUCAGUAUCUCUUCAGAUACGACCACAACAGGGAGACUUUGCAGGAAUAAGCUCCCCAACUGUUUUCGACCAGCAAGUCGCACGACUGGCUGUCCUAUUGCCAAUAGCUUCUUCAAUUAUAUUUUUAGGUUCCCACCCAAGAUUGGCCGCCUCACAGGACUAGCUAUGUUCCCCUUAAUCUGUUGCAGGUGUUUACCAAUGUCCUUUCUGCUUGUGGUUCACCCUCCUUUCAUUCUCAUAGGAGAUGUCCCUCCCAACCACAAAUGUGCAUAUGGCUGUUCACUGUUCUGUGCAGCUAAUAUCAUACGAAUAGCUUUGAUGUUUUUUGGGCAUUGGUCAGUUUGAAAAUGUGUGCAUAGAAAAACUCGCAUCACAACGCAUAAGAAAUGUAUCGCCUAAAAAAGUGAACCUCCUCAAGUACUGUAGAAUACCGUACAGCAUGUGCACGCCUGCUCCAAAAGUUUAGGGGCCAUGAGACAUUUGGAAAAGCAUAAUAUUGUCACAGCUUUGACUAGCAGCUCAUUGCUUACAUUUUCAAUAAGUUGUCUUUUUUUAAUUUUUUUUUUCAGAAGCCUUCCCUUAGGCAAUUCACAGUGUCAAAAAUACACAUGCAAGUUUGCUGUGUAUAUAUAAAGUUCAAAAUGUGCUCACAUCUACAAUAUAUGCACAAGGACCGAAUUCAUCAACAAAUUUCUUUGUUUUCUCAGAAAGGAUGCAAGGGCCAACAAUUCUUCGGAACGGGGUCUCGACCUCACGAAGUUGUCACCUUUGGAGGCGUCAAAGUCUUUUAUGCAAAUGAAACUUUGUUCUCCUCAUACUUAGUGGCCUCAAAACUUUUGAUGCUGACCGCACAUUCUCUCUUCGUAAUUACUACAAGGCAAUCCAAAAGGUUUGGUGAUUAGCCGAGUGUCUCCCACUAUAAAAUCAUAUUUUUGUUUAUUGAAAGAAGUUGUCCCAUUAUAGCGCAACAGGCAUGGUAACCUCUAAAUGAUACAGUGGCAUUCUCGAAAUCUUCAUGGCAUGCAGUGGACAUUUAAUGCCUUUUGUGUGGAAUGUGGGUGAAUCGGUUAAAAUGUUAGCUUUUGUAUGCUUAAUGGUUCAAAGGAAAAAAAAAUACACCGUUUGCUAGAAGUCGUAUGUGCUCGUGUCCGACCUUAUCACUGCCAAGUAAUUAUGUCAACUUGUCGGUAAGAUCAGUUGCAUUUCAUUUAAGCUUGCAUAGCACCAAAGGAUGGUCGUACAUUACAUGAAUAAGUCAUUUGAUUCAAUUGUGAUUGAGCUUACAUGUGCAACAUUUAUUGCGUGCAAGCUUUAGACAUCCAUUAAUUACUGAUAGUCGCUGGCCCAGGCUUUCUUGUGUGUUUCUGCUGUGGUGAAGUCACUGCCCAAUAUGGUUGUGUACAGCCAGAUAUGCCGGCCUUAACUGUUUAUUACGUUUAUUAUUGUUACUAUGGCAUUGUUGUAUACUGUGAUAUUUCUCAAAUGCCUUCACGACAUGUUCAUUGUUCCCUUUUCCAGUUUCUCGACAAGUUGUUCUCUAUGCGUUACCGGUGUUUUCUAUGUAAGGCACCUGGACCAAACGUUCUAUGGUCACCUCAUUUUUCUCAAUAAAAUAAGAAUGCGCUCA